AUGUCUGCAACGUGCAUGGAAUGGGAAGAGCAUAUACAACGCUAUUUAAUUUCAUCACAGCCGCCGUAUGAUAACUACUACAAUAUUUCUAAGGCUGUUUAUCCAUCUGUGGAUUUGCCGUCUUUGCUGAUCAAGAUCACCGUUACGUUCCUACAUGGCAGCGACAAUCUCACUCAUUUAGCCGGAUCGUCCCGAUCUCCGAUCAAUGGUAGUACUUCCAAUAUCUCACAGACAGGGGAAAAUGUGCGCGAAACUAUAGAAACGAAGAUCACGACAUACAAGUUGACGUGGAGUGCAUCCUGUUUGUAUGUUAGUGGAGGAAGCAUAAGCUUGGCUUCCAUGAAUGCGUUUUCUUUGUGGGCUAUUUAUCCAAACAGACGAGAAGGACAGCUGCACCUAACAUUGCCACAGUUCUGCAGGGGAUUUCCUGCUGACACCAUGAUCUACUUCCUCUCCACGGUAGGACGUUUAGCCAUUUCAUUAUUGUUAACUUAUCAUCAUCAUCAUCAUCAUCAAGGGCGAGAGGAACAUACUGAGGUGCAAUCAAGAAAGUAGUGAUUCCCCCUUUUGUUUUAACUGAUUUUCUUCUGCAUUUCCCUGGAGUAUUCUCCUGGAGAUGGUGAUAAGAUAUCUUUCUCCUCACCUGACCCCUGUCUAGCUAACUUGCCUUCUCAAAAAAGGCUGAUACAGUUAUAGCUUACACUUCCAAAUUUUUCAGUUCAUAAUUAACAAUUACUGGACGAGGUUGAGCAAAAUAUCAUGAUUUGUCAGUCAUGAGCAGAUGAAUAGACCAUUUUACUGUUAUGAGCUAAGUACCCUAGCCUCUGAGAAAAUGUGAGGCUGAGGUUGACCUUUUUUUUUGAUACAAAUCUCUUUUCUUUUGUUAUGAAAAUUAUGCUAAAAAUACUAGUUAGAACAACUUAGAUUAACAUAAUAAAGGAGGAAGGGUUGUAUCAAAACAAGGUCAACUCCAUCCUCGUUUCCACCUGUAUUGUAACUGUAAAAUGGACUGUUAUUUGCCGAAAACCAAAGGCUGGGGCAAAUAAUUGAUCUGCGAGACACUGACAAAUCAUUAUAUUUUUCGAUAACCAAGUUCAAUAUUGUUUUAUCAUUCAGUGACCAAGUUUGUUUUUUGAUAAAUAUCUUCGGGAAGCUGCCAUUUUCACGAAAGAGCGACCGCAAAAAAGAGAAAAGGGUCAGGUUUCUUUCAUGCAUGAGCAGAAUAUUAUUUGCAGCCAAACACAGUAUAUGUAGGAUGACAUAAUUGCACAUGAGCAGACCUUUAUUUGUAGGCAGUUAUUCGCAGGUCACGUGGUGGGCUCUCGGCCAAUGAAAAGGGAGAAGAUUUGCUUUGAAUGAUUAUGUAAAAUAUUAUGCAUUUUCAAAUCAUAAAUUUGUCUCAUGAGUAAAUGCCUUUAAAAAACAAAAUGGUUACUAAAAUAUUAGUGGCACUGGUGUUCUUUGUCUGGGAACAUAGAAUAUUGAGCCUCUCUAUGUGUACCAAUGGAUGUCGUUUUCAUUGCACGGCCAAUCAGAAGCAGUUUUCCCAGAUCUGGGUUAUGACAUGUCAUCAGUAAGAAAUUUCUGUUGUUGUUCCUCAGACGUCAUUUCACAAGGAAACCAGUGGUGGGGUCCUGACAAUAGAGAGAAAAAUGAGUUUAGCCUUGUGCUAAGAGCGUCUGUUGGAAAGAGUCAUACAAGGGAGAGAUGGUCUCUCUCUCACACACACACACUCCAGGGGAUGAUUGAGAGAGAACCAGAGAAUUCUAGAAAUUAAGAGUAUGUAGCAGCAACAGCAGAAGUUGCUACAGCAGCAGCAGUAUAGUAGUAGUGGCAGCAAUACAGUUAGAAGAGUAGAAGCAGGGGCAGCAGUAGUCAUGCUUCUGGUAUCAUUAGCAGCAGCAGCAGUAGCAGUAGUACCCAGUAGCAACAGAAGUACGUUGUGUAGCAGUGCAGUAGGAGGAAGAGCAGCCACAGCAGCAGAAGCAGCAGUAGUAUAGUAGUUGUCAUCGUUUUGGUUUUGUCGUUUUUUUAUGCCAUUUUAGGCAACUUUUUGAGAGUGUUUUGUUUUAUUUAAGUGCUGUUCUUGCUUUGAUUUGUAGUUGCAGGACAUAGCAAUAUCACCAAAUAUUCCUGAUCCAAGUCUGAACACAGUAGAGUGUGUUACCAUGGGUCAUGGGAAAGCUCCACCUUUUCCUGAUUGGAAGAACCUGCUUCAUGGAGUGUGCUGGUGUAUUCUUUGUAUAAGUUUGGUAUUCAGUCAAGUUGCUUCACAGUGGCUUAUAGUGCAGCUAAGGGAAUGGAAGAAUAGCAGCAGAGUUGAAGCAGAAAAAAGGAAAAAUGACAGCCAAGUAGCUGCUGUAAUCUUGUUAUCUAUAGUUGUUUUUGUUACCGGACUUUCCUUGAUUUUUUUCGCCUGGAGUCGUUCCUCUUUUGAGCAAGAUUAUUACAUGUGGGCAUUCUUGAUAUCUGCGAUGCUUGUACUUGUUCGGAGGGCACUUUGGUGUUUCUGGCGUAGCUAUAAAAGCGAUAAUAUUGAUCUAUACAAGUUGAGCUUAACUAAGGGCCAUGAGAGCGACCCAAGCGGAAAUGUUAUUUCCUUCUUCACACUUUACCCAGCAAUAUUCAUGGCUUGCCAUCAUUUGUUGUGGAUAUUGCUGGGCGUCAUAACAGAACCAUUUUGGGGUAUUUCAGUUUUAGUGGCUGUUAUUUCUGUUUCUGCUAUUCUCGUUUUCUUUUUUUAUGAUUUUUACGAAUAUUAUCUUUCUCAUGAAUGUAAUGACCGCCAGUGUGAAAGAUGUUCUGCACGUAGACACUGGCGACGUGAGUACUGGUUUCCGAUUUUUAUGUCGCUAUUUCUUGUUCUAGGAAGUUGCGCUGCAUCUGUUCUGUUAAUAAUUGUUCUGUUUGUAGUUGCACAGUCAUUCCUUAGUGAGAGCCUUGUUUCCACGUUAGUUCAAAAUGGUUUGGUUUUUUUCUCAACUUUAUGGCUUGGAUAUCUGAAGCUACAUCAAGCAAAGAAACCCGCAGAAACCAAGAACGGUGGUAAUGCAGGAAAUUUGAACCAGUCCGGUCAACCCAAUGGUUAUGAACUUGUAGAGAUUCAGGUGCAAUAG